UUUUCCUCUUCCCCUCGCUGUUUCUCUUUUUCCGCUUCCAAAGAUCCAUUCUCAUGGCGGUUGUCAUCGAGAGUGUACCGCCUUGGGCGCCCAAGCCAUUCAUCUAUCUCCUCCUCUUCGCCUCUUGCUUCGCUUCUCUCUUCCUCUACCCUUACUUCUCCAAGCCUGGCUUCCUCUCUAGACCCACCACCGCCUCCUCCCCCUUCGAUCUCGGCUCUUACGGAUCCUUUCAGCGUUUCCAGCGUCGCUUCUUGAUCUUAUACUCUAUCGCUUCUCUAAUGGAAGGGCUCGGAUCCUUGUUUGGAGAUUAUGAUGGAAUUAGCAGGGAGAAUGUAGCAUUGUGUAUUUCAGUUGGAGCUGCUGCUGCUCUUUUAAUUGGUCCUAUUUUGGGUAUUGUUUCUGAUGUCAAAGGCCCAAAGACAGCUUGUAUUCUAUUUUUCAUUCUGCAUCUUCUCAUGUGUUUCUUGAAGAGCAUAAGCGGACAUCCUAGUAUUUGGGUAAUGAGCAUAUGUCUGGCACUUGCUUCCUCAGUAUUCUCAUUCUGUUUCGAGACAUGGAUGAUCGUUGAACACGAGAAGCAAGGUCACAGGCAAGAUAUGCUCAAUGACACCUUUUGGUUGAUGUUCUUUUUUGAGUCUGCAUCUCUUGUUGGAAGCCAGGCUUUCGCAAAUAUGGCAGUGAAGGAUGCUGAUAGAAGUUUUCUCACCCUCCCUAAGUCAGCCUCCUUUUUGGCAAUAUUGAGCAUUCUUUACAUUAACAAGAAGUGGAAUGGAUGCGAGCAGCUGACCUCAAUUGGAAAUUAUACAAAGUCUCUCUCUUCACUUAUUCUUAAUGACAAAAUAUUGUGGACAUUAACACUGGCCCAAGCAAGCAUUUAUUUUUCCAUGUCCGUUUUUUGGAUUCUCUGGGCUCCAACAAUUGUGGCAGAUGGGCGAGUGGUGCACUUGUCACUGAUAUAUCCAUGUUUCCUUGGUUCAAGAAUGCUCGGAAGUACUGUAUUCCCAUGGUUCUUUAGUGGUUCAGUGCUCCACAAUGAGGAUUAUCUCACAACUGCAUUUGCUGUUGCUGGUCUGGCAUUUUCAAUUGUAGCUUAUGAUUAUCAGGAAAUAGAAGUUCUAGUGACACUGUUCUGCAUCUUCCAUGCUUGUGUUGGUUUCAUUCUUCCAUCACUUGCGAGAUUACGGACAAUGUAUAUUCCAAACCAGUUCCGUGGAGGCAUGAUAAGCUUGUCCUUGGCACCUGCAAAUGCUGCAUUCUUGUUUGUUCUUGUCUUAGGUGGUUAUUGCAGGGUUCUUAGCAAUACAAUGAUCAUGGCAUUUGCUGCUUUUGGGCUGAUAUGUUCUGCUGGUUGUAUUCAUUUACUCCAACGGGGAAGAAAGCAUUCACAUCAAAACUGGCAUAAAUUGUAAGACAGAUCAAACACUGUGAACAAGGUCAAGGACGCAUGGCUUCUUUUGUUGAUGCUUCUGCUUCAAAUACAUGCAUGGGAAAAACUUUCAUACAUAAUAGAGCAGAUAAUAACUUUGCCGAUGCUAGUUAUGUGUGAUUUUCAUUGCAAUAAGCCAGGAAGGAAGUUUUAGAAAAUCAAGGAAUCAUUUGCAGAGGCUUAUCAGUUUUCAGGUUCUGAAAGGUAUGUAAGAUUCAUACUUUUGCCGAUGAAAGUGGGAUUGAAUCAUCGGCAGGAUGUACACACAAUUCAUGUAUUUCUGCAGUGUUAUUAGUAGUUAUGUGAAGCUGCCACCGUUGCUGCACCGGUUACAUGUAUUUUUCAGCAGCUUUCUACCCAUGAAUCAAGUGGUAGAGCAAUAGCAAACAUUUAACCAUAGGGAUCUUUUUUACUUGUUAGGCCUGAAACAUGAUGAUAGUUCUUGAUUAUCCUUGAUGUUUUAGUUGAUUGAAUUCCACUGUGAAUUUGUGAAUUUGUGCAUUUGGUCUUGUACAUUCCAUGAGCAUAUAUAAUUGGACAAUUAUUUAUGAUA